GAUUUUCCCCUCGUCUCUUCAUCACAAUAACGAUCAGCUUACAGUGUCUCUCACUCAGUCGCUCUCUACCAUUUCCAACUCAGUCACUCCUUGAUAUCUUGAGCUAUCAGCUUCCUCGCUUACUUAAAGUAAUUCCACUUAAACACCCCCAAAACCGUCAAAAUGCAGUUCACCAACUUCGCCCUUGCCGCUUUCGCCGCUGGCUCUGCCUUCGCCGCCCCGGCCGCCAAGCAGACUCGUGCCCUCGACAUCCUGAACGUCGCCCUCGGCACCGUCGGCACCGUCCAGACUUCCGUCCAGACCGAGUUGGCUAACAUUGAGGCUUUGAUCGGUGUCAACGUCAACUCUACCUCUCUCAUCCCCCAACUCGAGAGCUCUCUCCUCAACAUCGCUGGCGAGGUCCAGAAGAUCGUUGGUGAUGUCACCCCCCUCGUUUCGAGCACCAUCCCCAAGCUGGCUCAGGAUGAGCUCACCAACGUCCCCGUCCUCCUGAACGGUGUUCUCUCCAUCGCCAACGGUGUUCAGUCCACUGCCCAGAAGCUGGUCAACGGCAUUGCUUCCGAUGCCCUUAAGGCCGUCAAGCCUGAGCUCCAACUCGUCCUCUCCACCGUCGAGCCCAUUGCCAAGCCCGUCGUCAACUUCGCUCUCAGCGCUGUCAGCGGUGUUGUCGGUGACGUCGCCACUGAAGUCAACGGCCUUGUCGGUGACCUCAACGGUGUCGUUGGUGGCCUCCUUGCCCCCGUCACCGGUGUCCUUGGCGCCAUCCUAUAAAUAUGAUUAACUUUCGAAACGGGGGGCAGUUAAUGUCUGCAUUUGGGGGGGUUUGAGUUUAAGAUAGCGUUUUUAUGGACAGGAUACUGCAUGCUCAUGAUUAGAUGCUUGGAUACCUUUUAGCAUUUGUAAAUAUAUAACGCGCGCAAGCCGACUUUUAUAAUCGACUCGGUUGUCCGUCUCCCCGGUGCUAUGAUCGCU